AUGAAUAUGUCAGAUGAUGAAGAUGACCGAAGCUUUCACGCUACGCGUGGCGGCUACUCCCAUUUGAGCGAUGUCGAAUGGGAUGCGGUUGAACGAAUGGGUUCGACCAUGGGCAUCCAUGCUGUUAGCGUCAUGCUAGAGGCUCUCAAUAGAGAUGCCCAACAUGCUACUAUCGCCAAGUUCAUUCAAAAUGAACUUGACGCAGAACGCGAGAAAGUAGCCUUGCUUCACCAACAAGGUUCUCAACAAGCAGAGUUGUUGAGAGAACAAGGUGCUCAACAGUUUGAACUGUUGAGACAGCAGCAGGCUGCUGCUGGCGGGUCGAUGCACUCGCGUCGGCCCGAGACUUUGAAGAUUGACAUCUCAAAGGCGCGUCGCAUCGACGACGGGGAUAUGCAAGUUGCAUUUGCCCAGUCAAAUCUGGCAGGACGUGCCAAGACUUGGGCACUGGGGCUCAAGCUGCACGACCCAUAUGCGUUUGGGUCGUUGGAAGUUUCUUCAAGUCGCGGCUCAGACAAACGUUUGAACCGCCUAGAGCUGAGUUCAGAGCUCGAACCGAACUCUUGA